GUUAUCAAACUUCAAGUGAUUUUUUCUACAUUUUUAGAAGCAGACACUCAGGAAUCGAUUAUAGCAACUGAAGGCAGCAGUAAGCUUAGCUCGUUAGCAACAAACGAUAUUUCAAGAGUUUCAAAGGACGAUGAAGAUAGUGCAUCGGCGAGAUCGGCAUUGAGGAAUAAAGAAGUUGCGACUGUAACAGAAAAAACGGAAGCCAGCGAUAUUGCUAGCGUUUCGACAAAAAGAGGGCUUUCGUUGCAAGAACAGCUCGCUGCAUAUCAAGCCUUACACAAAUUAGAAACACCGCAAAGUGCAGAAAAAGCAACGAAGAUUGCUCAUCCUGAUGCGCCGGAAGGUGAUUCGGACAGCCCCCCUUCUAGCGAAAGAGUUCGAAAGUCAGCACCUGCUCCUUCUCAAAAGGAUGAAGCUAAGGAACAACAGCAGGAAGACGCUGCUCAGGCCGAUACGCAAAAGACAGAGGAAACAGAACAAAACAAAACCGAAGAAGGAAGUGUAUUUUUUUACGACACUCCGCAUAAUCAAGUUUACAAGCCUCGACCCGAAACAAAUGAUCGGGAUUAUCCCAAAAGCAUACGAAUUACAGAUAUUGGAGAGGAGAUGGAAAGCCAUUACCUUUGGUAA